AAAUGUCAAGCGCAAGAGGAAACAAUAAUUCUAUCUCAUGCAAUGCUUAUGCACAGCAAAGGAUUGAAAAUAUUGAAAAAAACAAAAGGAAGUUGGCAGCUCUAAACAUCCCUAUAAUGGCACAGCAAGUUCAGCCUAGGAAAAAACAAAAGAAAAUUCAUGACACAAAUACUGCAAGAAUUGAAGGACCAAACUUGCGCCCAAGACCUGAACGAAAUAGGGCUCAGAUUGAGGAGGAAAGAGUGUUUGAUGAUUUGCAUCUAGAUGGAGACUUGCUCAAUAACUCUGGAGGUCAUCAAAACAGUAAUGUAAACAAUGGUACAAAGAAUAGGAAAGGAAGGGGCAUAACUAAGAAGGAUGACAUAUUCUCAAGGACACCUGACAUGCCAAAACUAAAAAUUUUACUCAAUGGUUAUGGUCAACCUAUUGGUGAAAAUGCUAGGCAACUUUCUAGUGUUAUUGGCUGUCAAGUUAGAAAGAAAAUAUCAAUUGCUUGCAAGGAUUGGAGGCUUAUUGAUGUUGAGAAGAAAUAUGAGUUGUGGGAUGAUAUAAAGUCAUAUUUUGAUAUUGAUCCUGCUGCCUUAAACUGGGUUAUGCGUACUGCUGGGAGAAAAUGGAAAGAAUUCAAGUCAACCAUAAAGGAGUUGUAUUUUGAUCCUGAUUUGUCUCUAGAUGAAAUUGAAGAAUGUCCAGAUAAAAGGGUUAGUGACGCUGAUUGGAAAUUUCUCUAUGAAUAUUGGUUGACUUCUGAAUUUCAGGCUCGUUCGAAAGCUGGAAAAGUAAGCCGGCAAAAGGUACAAUUGCUCCAUACAUCUGGUAGUGUGAGCUUUGCAUGUUCAGAGCAUAAAUUGGCUAUGAAACUAGGACGCCCCCCACGAAGAGAUGAAACCUUUAUCAAAACCCAUACAAGAAAAAAUGGUGUUCCUUCAAUUCAGGCAGAGCCAAUUAUCAAUAAACUUAAAGAUGUUGUCCAAGUAUAUCCAGAGUUAAAGGAGAAAACAAUUCAGGAAGGUGAUGUAUUUGCUCUUGUUUGUGGAGAGAAAGAGCCAAAAGGAUAUAUCCGUGCUGUGGGUUUAGGCCCAACUCCUCAAGAUAUUGGCACCCCUGGGUUGAAGGGUUAUGCACCAACAAGACUACAAAUGGAGAUUCUGGCUCGUACCAAAGCUGAAAAGGACAAGGCUGCUCUAGAAAAACGCAUACUUCAAUUGCAGGCAGAAAUUGAGGAAAGGGCACAACUAGACAGGGCAAGUGAAGGGCCCAUGUCACAGCAUGGUUCCACAUCACGUCAAAAUGUGAAUUCAAGGUUAGAACAUGGUGAUGAAGAUAAUGCAUAUGGAGAUGACGAUUGUAAUGAUGAGGACACAAUUGCACCAAGCACUGCACCAGGCACUAAUGAUGCUUCUCAUUCUAAACAUAAUUCUUUGGUUGGAAGAGAAGCCAUAUUAUAUGCUUUGUUGAGAUCGGAUCAACCUGUGGCCAAAGGAAUAAUAGUUUCAACUAAUCCGAGUACCAUAGUUGCAGAUCUGCCCAUUGGAAGGCAAUUUUGUGAAGUUGUUGUGACUUGUGUCCUGAAAAGAGAUGCAGUGUUGGCUCGUCCCUACGAUGAUAUGCAAACUAUGGCUACUGCUCACAUGAUGUCGCUUGCAUGGCCAUACAAGAAACUGAAGGUCAUCAACAAGGCAUCAGCAACACCUAACACAUCACCUAACAUUUCAGGAAAUGGACAAUGUUAGUAUCAGAUCAUGUUACAACCAACCGUGGACAUGGUUCUUCGGUCUUGCAUUUCUUUUGGAGCUUUUGUUGCGUAUGUUGCGUACAACAACGUGAAGGAAUUGAGUUAUUGUAAUACCGUGGACUAGCUUUUGAGUUAUGUAAUGUGAUAUUGCAACCUAUGGACUAGUUCGAUGUAUUGCAAACAUUAUGUUACUAAUGAUGUUAAUAUAUGAUCGAUGGAUAUUGAAAGACCAUUAAUUUGUGUGCAA